AUGCGUCCUGCUGCAACUUUGAUGCAACUGGCUCUGGCUGUCUCGUCAGUUGCCCCAGUGGUUUCCGCUUGGCCCAACUGGCUUCCCGAGCGCGAUGCUCUCAUCGUCCGCGCUGAUAGCUCUGAUAGCAGUGAUAGCGCCACCCCUUCCGCCACUGCCACUCCAUCCGCAUCUGGCUCGUCAGCAAGCAACACCAAGGAGACCGGAAAAGCGACUGGCGGCAACACGGCUAUGCCCACCAAGUCUGCGACUGGAAGCAAGAGCAAGAGCUCAUCGACGCCCACCCAUACCUCCUUCGCCCCAGACUCACCAGUUGGAGGCGUCAGCAUGAUUGUUCCUGCCAACACAGCUCUCGGCACCGCACUCUACAAAAUUAGCGACUACGUCACGUUUAGCUGGAACUACACAUCCCUCCAAGGCACCCCUACGGCUGUCGAUGUUCUCGCCAGUUGUUCUACCGCUCGCGCAACCUGGACACUGACUGGCAAUAUGACUUUCGCUACUUCUGUCGAAUACGUCUGGGAUACCAAGGUUCAGGCUAAUGAUCCUAAUCAACCCCUCCUCACGGAGCAGUACUCGCUUAUUAUCAAGGAUUCUGAUAUUUCCAUGACUGACACGCCCGAGCCUGGUUACCUGGGCGUGAGCACGGCUCUCAGCUUUGGCCUGUAUUCUGGCAAGGCUUACCAGAACUGGAGCCAGUGGACUUGUCCUGGUUGCCAUGCCAGUGCUGCCUCGCCUGCGGUUCAUGGCCAGUCGAUCAAGUUUGCCGCCACCAUGAGCAUCGCUACGGUUAUCGGCUUCACUUGGUUCGUUACUGGCCUAGGCAUCAACUAA